CCAACAUUAUUUAUUCUGAUUCUUACACAACAUGAUGCCUAUAACCAACGUAAAGCUAUCCGAGAGACGUGGGGUAGGAUAGCUCGUCAUGAACCUUGGCCUGGUCGACGGUUACUCGGUGAAGUUCGACUGAUAUUUUUACUGGGUGCAAUCGAUAACGCUCCUCUGAAUAAAGCAGUUCAAAUUGAAGCCAGUGAACAUAGAGAUAUAGUGGAGGCCAACUUUAUAGAUUCCUAUUUCAAUUUGACUCUCAAAGUGUUAAUGGGUAUCAAAUGGGUUCGAACUCAUUGUCCCAAAACUAAAUAUAUCAUGAAGAUGGACGAAGACUCGUUUGUGGAUAUUCCGAGACUAGUGAACAUGUUGAUGUCCGUAUCGCCGCAAAAUGCAAUUUUUGGACCAUAUUCUUACUCUGAGAAAGUCACCCGUCCCAAUCUUUAUGGAAACAGUAGUAAAGGCGCCGUUUCGUAUGAAGCUUAUUCACCGGAGUGGUACCCACCGCAUGUGAAGGGAAAUUUUUAUAUCAUGCCCUAUCCCCUUGCAGUGAAAAUUAUGAACGUUUCUCAAUAUUUCCCUUAUAUGAAUAUUGAAGAUGCGUAUAUUACUGGAAUACUGGCUAAAGUCUUUGACGCCAGACAUAUGGAAAUUUCCGUUGACCAAUAUGACAAAUAUCCAGAAAUGGAUUUAGAUCAUUGCGCUUUUGUGUUGGAACGGAGAAUUGCGUGUCAAAAGGUCUACCCUGAAUUACUUUAUAAUUUUUGGAAAAGGAUUGAAAAUACAGAG